AUGUCUUGGUUUGGAUCAUCUACUUCUGCUUUACAAUUAGAAUUAGAUAAUAAAAUAUCAGAAGCAACUUCAGAAACAAUUCCCAAUGGAGAAUUGGAUUUAUCAAUAUCAUUAGAAAUUACAGAUUUUAUAAGAUCAAAAAAAUUACCAGCUCAACAAUGUAUGAGAUCAUUGAAAAAAAGAUUAAAUUUAGUUUAUUCAAAUCCAAAUUUAAUUAAAAGUACUUUAAAAUUAAUUGAUUUAUGUAUUAAAAAUUGUGGAUUUCAUUUUUUAGUAGAAAUUAGUUCAAGAGAAUUUAUUGAUUAUCUAGUAGAUUUUAUUUUUAAAAUCCAUUAUAAUUCAAAAGAUCAUUUAGAUGAAGCUAAAAGAGAAGUUAGUCAAUUAAUUUUAAAAUUAAUUAAAUCAUGGGAAUUAGCAUUCCAAAAUCAAUUACAAUUAAAUUAUGUUGAAAAAAAAUAUCAAGAAUUAUUAAAUGAAGGGUUUAAAUUUCCUGAAAUUGAUAAUGUUGUUGAUUCAAAAUAUGUUGAUUCUGAAGUACCACCAGAUUGGAUAGAUUCUGAUUCUUGUAUGAUUUGUUAUACUCCUUUUUCAAUGUUAAAUAGAAAACAUCAUUGUAGAGCUUGUGGUGGAGUUUAUUGUCAAAAUCAUUCAAGUAAUAAUAUUCAAUUAGUUAAUUUAGGUAUAAUGGAACCAGUAAGAGUUUGUGAUAAUUGCUAUGCUAAGAAUAAACAUAAAUCUUCAAAACAUACUGGUGGGAAUAAAGAUAAUUCUGUUGGUGGUGGUGGUAAUGAUGAUGAUGAAGAUGAACAAAUUAAAAAAGCAAUUGAAUUAAGUUUACAAGAUAAUGGUAUAUCGAUUAAACCACCCACAGAAGCACCACCAGUAAUAUCGCAUCAACCACAAGAAGAGGCAGAAGAAGAAGACGAUGAUAUGAAAGCUGCUAUAGCUGCAAGUUUAAAAGAAUAUGAAGCUACUAAACCUAGGUUACAACAUGAACAACUUCCACAAAAUCCAUUUGAAGAAGAAGAAGAAGAUUCUGAUUUAUAUAAUAUAGAUUUCACUUCAUCUAAUUAUCAACAACCACAACAAUCACAACCCCAAUUUUAUAGUCAACCAUCUUAUCAAGCUCCACAACAACAACAACAACAACAACAACUACAACAACAACAGCAAUAUCCACCCAAACCACCACCACAACAAGAUUUAUCACAAUCAGAGGAAGAACAAAUUAAUCUAUUCAUAACAUUAAUGAAUAAUGUACGUAAUGAUUCAAAAAAGCAACAAAAUAUAAUGUAUGAUCAAAAUUUAAGUGAAUUAUAUUCACAAAUUUUAAAAUUAAAACCAAAAGUUAAUAAAUCAUUAAGAGAAUCAAUUGAAAAAUAUAAUCAAUUCUUGGAGAUGAAUAAUAAAUUAAGUACAAUAACAAGAUUAUAUGAUCAAUUUUGGGAAAAAAAAUUAAAUUAUGGUAUAAAUUCAAUGAGUAUAAUUCAACAAAAUACUGGAUAUCCUCAAUUUAAUAAUCAAAACCAAUUUGAUCAACAACAGCAACAACAACAACGACAACAACUUCAAAGUAGAGGAUCGUAUAGUCAACAACAACAACCGCAACAACAUACUGGUCAAUAUAAUCAACAACAACCACAACAUACUGGUCAAUACAAUCAACCAUCAGAACCUCAAUUUGACGAACCAGAGCAAUACCCUCAACAACAACAACAACAACAACAACACCAACAACCACAACAAUAUCCUCCACAACAGCAACAACCUCAAUACUCUCCUCAACAACAACAGUUCUCACCUCAACAACAAUAUAAUCAACCUUCAGAACCUCAAUUUGACCAACCUUCAGAAUUGAAAACAGAAAAUAAAACUCAACAUAAUCAAUCAAUUUAUCCAACUACAGAAAAUUUACCUGAAUCAGAAAGUGAUAAUGAAAAACAACAACAACAACAACAAAAUGAAUAUGUAGAAGUUUCAUUACCAAAUUACCCUCCUCCUGAAGAUAUAAGUAAUGAAUUACCAACUCAAUCAUUUUUACGUCAUGCAACAAGUUCAUUAUCACCAAAUGCUUAUGAAGAUGCAUCUACAAAAUAUCCAAUUUUACAAAAUGUUGAGGAAGAAUUUCAAAGACAAAAUAAAAAUAUUAAUGAAUUACCUACAUUACCUAAUAAUUUAUCACAUUUUAAUGAAGAACAACAACAUCAACAACAAAAGCAAAAAGUGUAUGAGCCUGAGCCUCUUAUCGAUUUAUAG